GGUGGGGGCGAGAGGUAAAUAGUCUUAAAUCGGAAGGGAGCUGCUUCUCUGUGGUCUUGACAAGCGCUGCCUGGGCUCCGCCGGCUCAGUAAUAACUGAGUGACCUUUUCUUUGGCUGUAUUAUGUCUGGCUGGGAAGGGAUUGCAUUUUGCAGCUGAGAGCCGCGGCUUCCUUCAGCUCGGCUCCUCGCGUGCUGCUGGGGUAAGUUGUCUUGAGCCAGGACGGAGAGAGACAGCCUCGGACUGCAGUUGCCUAAAAGGAGGACACCUGUGGCUCAGAUGCGGUCAACACCAUUACUUGGCGGAUCCUUGAGGACCUCAUUAUUUUAAACUUAAAAAAAAAAAAAUAGAGAUUCCCUCCCCCUCUUUUUUUUUUUUUCAAACAAUGCUUCUUUUUGACCUUUCCCAAGGAGAAGCACUACAAAGCAGCCACUGUGCUUUCUGAACCGCCUCCCCCUGUAUCGCUUAAUUGAGAAGGUAUACAAAUGCUCUCAGUCCAGCCAGACACCAAGCCGAAAGGUUGUGCUGGCUGCAACCGAAAGAUCAAGGACCGGUAUCUUCUAAAGGCACUGGACAAAUACUGGCAUGAAGACUGCCUGAAGUGUGCCUGCUGUGACUGUCGUUUGGGAGAGGUGGGCUCCACCCUGUACACUAAAGCUAAUCUUAUCCUUUGUCGCAGAGACUAUCUGAGGCUUUUCGGUGUAACGGGAAACUGUGCCGCCUGUAGUAAGCUCAUCCCUGCCUUUGAGAUGGUGAUGCGCGCCAAGGACAAUGUUUACCACCUGGACUGCUUUGCAUGUCAACUUUGUAAUCAAAGAUUUUGUGUUGGAGACAAAUUUUUCCUAAAGAAUAACAUGAUCCUCUGCCAGACGGACUACGAAGAAGGUUUAAUGAAAGAAGGUUAUGCACCCCAGGUCCGCUGAUUUAUCAACAUCACCCCAUUAAGAAUACAAAGCACUACAUUCUUUUAUCUUUUUUGCUCCACAUGUAUAUAAGAAUUGACACAGGAACCGACUGAAUAGCGUAGAUAUAGGAAAGCAGGAUGGUUAUAUGGAAUAAAAGGCGGACUGCAUCUGUAUGUAGUGAAAUUGCCCCAGUUCAGAGUUGAAUGUUUAUUAUUAAAAAAAAAAGUAAUGUACAUAUUGCUGGAUUUUUUUGCUUGCUAUUCGUUUUUGUGUCACUUGGCAUGAGAUGUUUAUUUUCGACUAUUGUAUAUAAUGUAUUGUAAUAUUUGAAGCACAAAUGUAAUACAGUUUUAUUGUGUUACCAUUUGUGUUCUGUUUGCUUCUUUGUAUUGUUGCAUUUAGUACAAUCAGUGUUUAAACUUACUGUAUAUUUAUGCUUUCUGUAUCUACCAGCUAUUUUAAAUGAGCUGUAACUUUCUAGUAAAGAAUUGAAGAGCAAAUCUCACUAAUGAUACACAUAUAGAUAAAGCAAGUCUAUCAACAUUAAAAUACUAAAAAAAAAAAAAAUGAAGACACACACAAAGCAUUUUAGCAACAUCCACUAUUAUUGCCACUAUGAUUUAGAGUCUAUCAGUGUUCUCAUUAUAACCCCCGAUUUUCAGGGGGUUAAAGAUCAGCUUUAAAAAAUGCAUAAAAAUUUCAUCUUAAAGCACUUUCAUUUUAUACCAACGUGAAAAGUGCCAUUUUUAGAAUAACUUUAAAGCUUAGCAGUUAUCCUUUUAAUAUCCUUUGUGUGUGUGUGUGUGUGUGCUCUUUACCUACACAAUGGCUUUGUUUUAUUGUUUUUUUUUUUUCCCAGCCAUUUACCCCUUAUGUAAACUAGUGCCUUUGGGUAUCAUGUAAAAUUUUUCCAAAGGGUUACUUUAGACAAAUGUUACCACAAUUAUGAGAUAAUUUUAAAACGAUAAACUUCUUGUACAAAUUUUGCCCAGAUUUCUCCCUAAGAGCUAAGGGUUUAAUAACUUUAUGGCUUGAUAAAUUUCUGGCACUGAAAGGAUUUGAGUGCAAAUCUACUGAAAUUAUGAUAAUGCACACUGAAGCUAUGAUGAUAUUUGAGUAGUGAGCUUACUUUUGAUCAGAGCAACAUAGUUCUCACAGAAUCUUCUAGAAGAAAAGAAACAAAGGGAUUGUCAAAGAGCUGAGAACUGGUAAUUAUAUAUUUUUCUGUAUUUACCUGACACUUAUUUUAAUGUUCAAAAGUGAAGACUUUAAAAGUUUGACGUGUCUUACUCUUACUGCCUUCUUUAAGUAGUUACCAUCUCAGAAUAUAUCACACUUAAGGCUGAAAUCUGUCAUUCCAUUUUUUCAAGGGUGAAAAAUUAUUCCCUUACCAACAUGAUAGAUGAAAAAGAAGAAAGUCUUCUAGAAACAAAUUAUGGAGACUGUUAUUUCAAUUACAAUUAAGGAAAUAAAAGUAAGACUAUGAUCCCUUCUUCUUCUGGGUUGCUCACACUUUGCUUCUUUGCUUCUGCUCCCUCUAAUAGAACUACUUUUCAACAAAUCUAAUUCGACACAGGCACAGUGAAGCAUAUUUUUGCUAGAGCAAAUUUAGUGCUGUGGGAUUUCUUUUUUAUUUUUUGUUUUUUUUUUGUUUUUGGAUCACUUGUAUAGGAAACAAUAUUUCCCUGUGUUAUUUGCAUACAUAUUUUGUCCUGCCAAUAUAUGCAUUGCAGAUGAAAAUUAAAUAUGAUACCUGAAUUCUUGGUUUGGGGCCAAAAUAUUAAACAAAAUAAUGCUGGUGUGGAUUUGAGUUGUUUUAAAACAAAGCUUUAUUAUGGACAUGCAUGUGAAUCUGGAUGUUGCUUCUCAUUUUUACGAAAUGGUUCUGUGAAAAGUGAAUGAUACGUAUUUUUACAAAUACUUCACGGUUAAGAAUGUUCAAGUCACAUGUCCCCCAGAUUUGAGACAUACCGAAGAAAAGAAUUUCAAAAAUAGCUAUUUGGGGCCCAUAAAAUAAUUAUUAUUUUAGCCUUAGAGUCUUACAUUUGUUUCAUGAUAAGACUUGCAUAGCCAAAAACAAAACCAAAACCAAACAAAAGGUGGGGGGAUAGGGUGUGUGGGGGGGAUAAGUGAAAAGUGGUUUUCUUAAGCAGCCCUUUGAGUCCCCAUUAGGAAGUGUCUGAAAUUAUCGUGGAUGUGAAAUUGUAAUUGCCAGUAUCUUUCUCAAAUGAUCUUUGUUAGAUUUAAAUGGUUUGCAUAUGUUUAUCAAUAUGUUAAAAUACUUGUAAAUUGGGAACAAACUUCUCUUAGCUUCUGGAAGCUGUUCAAUUAGCAUUGCUGCCCAAAAACCAAACAAGUUUUUAUUGCCUUUUCUUUUCCCAAAUCCUUCGGGAAUUAAUUCUUAUGCUUUUUACUCCAAACAAAAUUACUCACCUGGAUUGAAGAUUAAGGCCUUAAUCUCUUUAGAUUAUCUCUAAUCUCCAUGAAAUUGUGCAACCAGAGAGAAAUGGGUUAUUUUAUAGCUAAUUGCCCAUAAAUAGUAGCAUUUUUGACCUGAAGUACUAAGCUAAUUGUCUUGACUACGCAAAGUCCCCGAAUUGUUGUCAACUUUCCCCUUUGUGUUGUGUAGCCCUGACGCCACCUAGCUUGUUGCCGGAUGCCUCCAGUAGGACACCUCUAAAGGAGCUCUGAUUUCUCAAGCAGUGAAAGCUCCCUUCCUAACAUGCAUCUCAGAGAGGCUGCCUACGAUGAGGGACCAGGCACCUCCACUCCUCUAGAGUGCUGGCUGAGUUUAAAAGCUGACCAGUGUUUGUAAUUUCACUUUCAUCUUGCUUAAUAAAUAUCUGCUGGAUUCUUUCAUUCAUUCAUUUUUUAUAUUUGGAUUUAUGUUUUUAAUAAAAGGGUAUUUACUCUUUGAUUGCGCUUAAUUGGCAAAAUCUAAGAUGAUAUCUAGAAAGUGUACAUGGAGUCCUCUUGAAAAAAGGAUAAAAAUGUG